AACCCAGAGCGUGCUGCCCAUAUAACACGAACAAAGUACCCAACAUCAUUCUACCCACAACGUCUAACACCCGCGCGCCGGCUCUUGCACAACCUUUGGGAACAUGCGCUUUUGGCCAUUUCAUACCUUCUCCGGAUCGUAACGCGCAUCUGAGGGCCUUGCGCAAAUGACGUCCUUCACAUCUCUUCUUGGAUCCAUCGGUGGCUCGAAGCAGAAUCAGGCUCCCGCGCCAAACCCGUCAGCGACUACGAACCGACCAGGAGCGCCACCACUCACUAGGCCCCCACCUGCGACUUCCGGAGUAUCGCGGCCGGUAUCGCGGCCGAUCGCGAACAAUGUCACCGCCGGAGUGAAGCGAAAGCCGGACGAGCAACUCGCAGCGCCCCCAGCGAAGACGGUGCGGACUGAGGUCAAGGUGCCUGUGCGGCCGCCAGCCUCGAAUGGUACUUCGGUGAAAACGGCGAGCGGUACUCCGAGCACGAGUGCACCGUAUCGUGGCACUGCAAGACCCGCCCAAGCCAGCGAGCCUGUCAGACCAUCAGCAGUUUCCGCGAAACCAGCUUCCAGUGCAUCUGCCCCAGCAACAGCGUCCGCAGCGUCCGCCGCAUCUUCUGCGGCAAAGCCGAAGCGAGGAUUCGCCUCCCUACUGGAGAAGGCAAAGGCAGCGCAGGAAGCUGUUAAAGCUGCAGGAACAAAUACAAUCAAGCACAAACCGGUGGAGAGAUUGACGAAGAAGGAGCGCUUGAAGCAGCAUGAGGAAGCAAAACAAAAGCCUGGGCAACGGAGUGGACAAAGUACAGUGGCGAACCGGAGCCGGAGCGGUACCCCUGCGGACGGCAAAGCAACUUUACAGAAGAAGCCUGUGCCUGAGCCUGCGUACAAGGGCACUAUGAAGAAGACACCCGUAGUGCCUGAGAUAUCAUACAAAGGAACCAUGAAGCGAGCAGAACCAGGAGCACCGCCUUCGAAACCUGUGGCGAAGAAGGGCCUUGGCCAAGACAAGUACGGUGGCUACGCCAGCUGGUCUGACCUGGAUGAGGCGGAAGACGAGGAUGAAGAAGGUUACGGAUCCGACGAGUCUGAUGAUAUGGACGCCGGUUUCGAUGACAUGGCUCGAGAGGAAGAGCUGGCUCUGAGAGCCGCCAGAAAGGAAGACCAGGAAGCUCUUGAGGAGGAAGAGCGGCAUAGGCGUGAGAAAUUGGAGCGCAAGAAGAAGCUUGAGGCAUUGAGUAAGAGUGCUGCUGCUCGUAAGCGCUUUUAAGAUGCCGAAGGCCCCACAGGCUGGCUUCACGAAUGAAUGACUUUUGGCGAAGGAUGAAAAUCGAGUGUUUUGGGGCUCGCUCCCUUUCCAGCACUCAUGCAUUGCAUAGCGAUAUGCUUUUAAGGGCGGAGUUUUCCAUGAUUUUGGAGAGGCUUGGGAUCAAUGCUCGCUGAACAUCGGCGUUGCAUUCAUUGUAGAAUAGUAGACGACUUGUGAAUAUAUUGUCUGGUACAACAAAUUCUUC